AAUACGCUAGAAAAUCAUUGCAUUAGAAGUGGCCUCUCCAAAAUGUUCAUAUAUAUCCAUCCCUCCAAUUAACUCUGAAUUAUAAUAUCAAAAUAAGAAAGAGCUCAACUUCUUCCUCAGAAGAUUCCAUAAUAUCAAACUUCUUGAAAAACUUCCAAGAAUGAAUCAUCCAACGUCGUUAGAGGAGGUGGAAGGGACUAAAACAAUCUCUUUUGCCCGGAGAUCACAAAGGGUUUUCGCUCCAAAGCUUUUGGAGGCUCUUCGUCGAUCAAGAAGAAGCUCGGAAGCUCCAGCGAGCCAUCUUAGUCAAAGAUGGAGAGCCACGUCAGCGCAAAAGGUUUAUUCCUUAAAACUCUACGAUGCUCUCCAGCGUUCACGGCGGAGCACGACGGUCCGGGACACGGCAGACAAAGUCCUCGCGGCUGCGGCUCGUGGUACGACUCGUUGGAGCCGAGCCAUAUUGGUGAGCCGGCACAAGCAUACAAAGAUGGCUUCAGCAGUUAGGGGAGGUGGAGGGAGGAGGAGGAGGAAGUUGUCGGUGGUGGGGUAUCGGGUCCGGGCGUUGGGUGGGUUAGUGCCGGGUUGUAAGAGAACGGCGUUGCCAGAGCUUUUGGACGAGACGGCGGAUUACAUAGCGGCGUUGGAAAUGCAAGUACGAGCCAUGACGGCUCUAACGAAGAUUUUAUCUGAGUUUAAGCCGUCCGUUAAACUCGGCUCAGCUUUGUAGCCGAUUGCAUGAGCCUUUGUGGUGUGUAAUAUUUGUUUUGAUUAUUCUUUUACGAAUUUUAUAAUCCGAAAUGUCUAAAUUAUUUAUAUAAUCAAGUGUUUGCAAUGUGGAAGAAUGUCAAAAAAAAACAUCACGAGUUGGACGAAAAUAUUGCGUUUAUUUGUUAUGGUUCGAAAUGUUUUGAUGCCA